CCGGUGACAUUGGCGUCCGCCGCGGGGUCCUCGGCCUCCCUGUGCCGGUGACGUGUAAUCCCGCGACCGCUUCCGGCCUCCGCAGCUCGGCUCGGCUCGGCUCGGCUCGGCCCCGGCCCCGGGUGGGAAAAUGUCAAAAGUUACUUUUAAAAUCACACUGACAUCAGAUCCAAAGUUGCCAUACAAAGUGUUGAGUGUACCUGAAGCCACCCCUUUCACUGCAGUUUUGAAGUUUGCAGCAGAGGAGUUUAAAGUACCUACGGCAAGCAGUGCUAUUAUAACGAAUGAUGGAAUCGGAAUCAAUCCAGCUCAAAGCGCAGGGAAUAUUUUUUUGAAGCAUGGGUCAGAACUGCGACUUAUUCCUCGGGAUCGCGUCGGAAGCCAUUAACAGUUUGUCACCUAGAACGUAUCACUCUGCGGAAGAGAGCUAUUUUUAGAUUUGUUUUGAAUGUGAGACUUUCUGAUUUUAAUAUGCAUUCAUUUUAAGUUCUAGUUGGAUGCCAAGAGUCUGAUGAAAUGGCAAGUCUUUGAAGAGAGAAUACCUAUAUGAUCUAUGUUUAAAAGCCUACUUUCAAAUGAAAUGUUAUCAUUAAGCGGUGAAUGCAAGGAAUUUUCCAAAGCAUUCUUUAUGAAGUCUGUUUGUAAAAUGCCUGGCAUUAGGUGACUGGUUACAUUCCCAAGUAUUUUGAACUGUACUGUUUGUUUCCUUCAUUCAAGAGAUGAAUGAUGAAAUUUAUUUAUCUGGAAGUAAACUGUAGAAACUUUAAUUGUAUCCCAUCCUAAAACUAUAAGCUUUGAAGUAUAUAUAAUGAUUCAAAAUAAAAACUUAUUUUGUUCAUUGGUACAGCUUGUCUGACUAAAUAUUCUGAGCCUUAUUGUUGUAACAAGAGAUGAAAAUUAAUUACCAAUCCAAAAUACUUUAAUUGACGAAACUGUCCUUAAACUUAACUUAAUUGCAAGCAAGAGUUGCUCCCUGUCAGUUUUAUUCCCAAACUUGAAUCUGACUGUUUGUACCUAUUAAAACAAGUAUCAGAUGAGCAACCAUCAAAUCAGUAAUUUUUAUCCUUAUUCAUACUCCUGUAUUUUAAAGUUUAAGUGAUCAGCCUUGAAGUUUUGAAGUUAAGUUUUCAUCUAAAGCAAUUUAUCAUGUAUGCUGUUGAUUGAAAGACUAAUAGAGAAGCUAUGAAGGUCUUAAUGUAAGCCUUAGUUAAUGUAAGUUGUUUACUAUUAAUCUAUAUUGUGAUUAAUUUUAUUCAUGUUAAUAAGCUGGACCAAAACCAGAAUGUAUUAAUCAUCUUGCUAUUUCAUUGUAGUAAAAUGAUUGCAUUUCAGAAGUUUCUUCUGAAGCACAGAUAUUAACAUACUAAUCUUGUGCUAACAAGGAGAAGUGAAUGCAACACGCCAGCAUUACACUUUUAGGAACUGAGGAAAGCUUAAGAUUGGUUGAAAGAGAAAGAUUAACUUUAUCAUUUGGGAAUAUGAUGUAUUUGUCAGAAUUUCGUCCUCCUGCAAUGUUGAGUCUGCAGCUUCCUACUGCCCAGCUUGUUUCACCUGAUCAGAUGAGUUGGUAACGGAAUAAAAGUAACUGAUUGCCUUUUUGAUUAUUUGAAUAUUGUCUUCAUCAAAUCUUAAAAUAUAAGAUAGCAAAAGUAAACCAGUAAAUGUUUGCCAUUCCGCCUUUUUCAUUCUUACUUAAGUUGCAAUAACUUAGUAAAAGAGUUAGUCAGAAUCUUGAUGUCCUCUGUUUUAUUGGGUCCUUUCAUUUUAUACGUAGAAUUAAACACAAUAGGCUUAUGAGCUGUUAUAGUUUGUGACUACCUUGAACCUAGCUGAUUAUUUAACACAUUGUUUAAUCAUUCACAGUACAGGCUGGAAAAAGUACUGAGCCCUUGUAUUUAAUAAACAGGAGUCUGAAACGUU